AUGAACAAUUUCAACCCUGUAGUUAUACCUCUGAAAACCAACAUCAAACUGAAGAAGGAAUCAAAUGAUGAACUGGUAGAUAACACAUUAUACAAGCAGACCACUGGCUCUUUAAGAUAUCUUUUCAAUACAAGAUUAUAUGUUUGUCAUAAUGUGAUAUUAGUUAACAUAUUUAUAGAUGAACUAACGAUAUACCAUCUACUUAGAGAAAAGAGAAUAUUGAGAUACAUUAUAGGAACACCAGACCAUGGGAUACUCAUGCCACAUGACCAAAAUACUAUAAGGGAGGCCAAAAUAUAUGGUUAUUCUUACUCAGAUUGGAUGGGUGAUCAAGAUGAUAGAAAAAGCAUAUCAAGUUAUUUGUUUAUGCUUGGAGCAUCACCAAUUUCAUUGAGUUCAAACAAGCAAGGAAUUGCGGCUUUAUCUUCAUGUGAGAUAGUGUAUGUUGCAGCUUCUUAUGGUCUCAACCAAACAUUGUGGUUCGAGAUGCUACUUGAAGAGUUAAAUGUAAGUAACAUUGUGAAAAUCAAGUUGCUAGUGGACAAUCAGUCAACAAUUGAUUUGACAUACCGUCCUAUGAGCCAUGAUAGGAGCAAGCACAUAUAA